AUGCCCUUCUCUCACCACAGCCAUUCCGGCCAAUUCUGCCCUGGCCACGCAAAGGACUCCCUAGAGGAUGUCAUCCUGGCAGCCAUCAGCAAAAAGAUGAAAGUCUUCUGCCUGACCGAGCACAUGCCCCGCCACAAAGAAGAUUUCUACCCAGAAGAGAUUGAAUCCGGCCAAACAGAAGAAUGGCACGCUAGCAACGAAGAAGCCUACUGGAUCGAAGCAACCCGCCUACGCACAAAAUACGCCUCUCAAAUCAACCUAAUAAUCGGCUUCGAAUGUGACUGGAUCAGACCCGAAUCCUUAUCCCUAAUCAACCGCUCUCUAACCCGCUUCCCAUUCGAAUUCUUCAUCGGAUCACUCCACCACACCCUAACCAUCCCAAUCGACUACGACAGGCCCAUGUACGACGAAGCCCGUGACCGCGCUGGUGGCUCAGAGGAGAAGCUCUUCGAGGCAUAUUUCGAUGAGCAGUUGGAUAUGCUGCAACAGUUGCGCCCACUGGUUGUGGGCCACUUCGAUCUUAUUCGGUUGAAGAGCGAUGAUCCCGAGCGAAGCUUCACUACCUGGCCGGGUGUUUGGAGUAAGGUGUUGAGGAAUUUGGAUUUUGUGGCAUCGUACGGCGGUAUCCUUGAGCUUAAUGGGGCGGCUUUGAGAAAAGGGAUGAGUGAGCCUUAUCCCAAGGCGGAGAUUUGCAAGGAGUUCCUUGCCCGCGGCGGUCGCUUCUGUCUGUCUGAUGAUAGCCACGGCGUGGAUCAGAUCAGUCUGAAUUUCCAACGUGUGGUGGACUUCCUUGAUAGUACUGGCAUCUCGACGGUGCAUUAUUUGCAGGUAGCUGAGACCGAGGCACAGGCUUCUGCGCCUGAUGCCAGAUUCCCUCUCACGGAGAUCGGUUCGAUUUCUGUGGAGGAAUUGAAAAAGUUGGAGUUUUGGCAAGCGGCUUGA